AUGCCUAUGACAAUCAUCCGCUCCUCCCGGCCUGAAAACGGCCAAACUCUCAAGAAGGGCCCAACCUUUACCGGCGAAGUCUGGUACGACAGCGUCCUCAACAAGCAAGAAGAAGGCAUCACCAUGGUGACGGCGACAUUCACCCCCUGCGCCCGCACACACUGGCACCACCACGAGGACGGUCAGGUCCUCGAAGUCAAGGCGGGGUCUGGCUGGGUUUGUGACAAGGGCGGUGUUCCUCAGAAGCUGUCUGUUGGGGAUAUUGUUUGGUGUCCGGCUGGCACUGUUCAUUGGCACGGGGCCGAUGAGGGGAGUAUCUUGGUUCAUCUAGCUAUUAGCCGGGGCAAGACGACGUGGUAUGAAGCUGUGACGGAUGAAGAGUACAACGCCAGGUUGAGCAACAAGGGGCAAUAA